AUGGGCGCUGCGGGCUCAAAUGUGGGCCAAGGUCGAGAGUGCACCAUCUGCUGCGAGAUCAAGCCCACAUCCGCCUUCCCCCCCAUCCACUCCGCCCCAACCCCGGCCGCGGACGCCGACGCCGCCCGGGCCCCGUCGCCUGCUGCGCACGCCGUCUGUGGCGCCUGCCUCCUCCGCCACGUGCGGCAGGAGGUAAACGGCAAGCGCCGCACGCGCGUCGCGUGCCCGGCGGAGGGGUGCAAGCAGGAGCUUGGCCCUGGGGAUUUGGCGCGGCUGGGCGCGGGCCGCGGCCUGGCGGUCGACCUCGAAGAUAACCAAUUCCAGGCCUGGCUCAAGGCCCAGCCCAACUUCAGGUGGUGCGCCCACCCCGGCUGCGGCGAGGGUCUGCUUCACGAGGGCGGCGCCGGCAGCCCCGUCAUCAUGUGCCCGUCCUGCCGCCGCCGCACCUGCUUCAACCACCGCGGCCCCUUCCACGACGGCCAGACCUGCGAGCAGCACGACAGGGCGGCGGCCGCCGACCUGGCGUGGUUCAAGGCGCACGCAAAGCGCUGCCCGCGCUGCGGCGAGGGGAUCCAGAAGCAGGGCGGGUGCGAUCACAUGACGUGCCGCAGGCCAAGCGGCUGCGGGCACGAGUUCUGCUGGGUGUGCCUGGCAGAUUACGGGCCCAUCAGGGCGCACGGCAACCACCACCACGAGAAAAAGUGCAGUUACUACCGCGCAAAGCGCGGCUGA